AUGGAAGCCCACUUGGAAGUUUCAACAUGCUAUCAAUGUGCCAGCGAGGGUCAUCGAUGUGUUUUCGACACACUCGAUCUGGCAGUCGAUAGGCGGAUCAAGGCUGUUUGUUUCCAAUUGAGGCACAGACAUUUUGGUGAGAGUUUCCGAUCCUCACCCGAGCUCAAUAUUGACUCACCAGUGUACUCGCGCCCAGACCUGAGAAGUCUACAGUCACCCGUGUUGAAAGAUGGAGUGAAUACCUUGGUGGUUGCCGCCGCAUCGACGUCGACGGGUUUUCCGGAUUUUCCCGUGACUGCCGAGACCAAAGCCGACAGUCUGGAAACGCAGUCAUCUGUCUACGACGGAGUUCAGAAUACCGUCCCUACGGAACCAGUGGAAAUCCUGGCACGGUCUGAACCCCAAAAAUCCAAGUCCACCUGCAGCGACAGUCGGUGCGUUGUCGACACGCUCGAUCUGGCAGUUGACCGCAGGAUCACGGGCGUCGGUCUUCCGUUGCGGCGAAGUCAAGAUGAUAGUUUCCGGUCCUCACCCGAGCUCACACUUGACUCGCCCAUGUACUCAGACCUGAGAAGUCUGCAGUCACCCGUGUUGAAAGAUGGAGUGAAUACCGUGGUGGUUGCCGCCGCAUCGACGUCGAUGGGUUUUCCGGAUUUUCCCGUGACUGCAGAUACGAAAGCCGUCAGUCUGGAAACGCAGUCAUCUGUCUACGGCGCAGUUCAGAAUACCGUCUCUACGGCACCAGUGGAAAUCCUGGCACGGUCUGAACCCCAAAAAUCCAAGUCCACCUGCAGCGACAGUCGGUGCGUUGUCGACACGCUCGAUCUGGCAGUUGACCGCAGGAUCACGGGCGUCGGUCUUCCGUUGCGGCGAAGUCAUGGUGAUGGUUUCCGGUCCUCACCCGAGCUCAAACUUGAAUCGCCCGUGUACUCAGAGCUGGGAAGUCUGCAGGCACCCGUGUUGAAAGAUGGAGUGAAUACCGUGGUGGUUGCCGCCGCAUCGACGUCGACGGGUUUUCCGGAUUUUCCCGUGACUGCAGAUACGAAAGCCGUCAGUCUGGAAACGCAGUCAUCUGUCUACGGCGGAGUUCAGAAUACCGUCCCUACGGAACCAGUGGAAAUCCUGGCACGGUCUGAACACCGAAAAUCCCAGUCCACCUGCAGCGAGAGUCGGUGCGUUGUCGACACGCUCAAUCUCGCAGUUGACCGCAGGGUCACGGGCGUCGGUCUUCCGUUGCGGCGAAGUCAUGGUGAUGGUUUCCGGUCCUCACCCGAGCUCAAACUUGAAUCGCCCGUGUACUCAGAGCUGGGAAGUCUGCAGGCACCCGUGUUGAACGACGGAGUGAAUACCGUCCAACCGGAACCAGCUGAAAUGCCCCAGAAACCGGCCAGGUCUGAACGUCGCAAGUCCGCGUUUACAAGAUCAAGACGGUUCAUCUGGAAGGGUCUGGUAAACGCGGCUCGCAGACUUUGUUCCUGCCGUACUUUUGUGGACAUGGAAUGA